AUGGAUACGGAUCCAUUAGAAAUUCUGUCACUUUAUCAGUACGAAAGUGGAAGACACUCAAGCGUGGUUUCAUUUCAAAGUGUACAAACUGCAGAAAGACUGUUGGACAAGUUAGAAUUAAGUGCAGAAGAUGAGAGGUUGUUACAGUUGGCAUUGAAGGAAGAAAGAGAAAAAAAUGAAGCCGAGGAGAAGGAGAGAAACAGAGUACUUCAAAGGGAAAAGGAUGAAGAGGCAGACGCAGAAAGGCAAAGAGAAAGAGAGAAAGAAAGGGAACAAAGUCCUUUGUUAUGUUUACCUGCAUCAGGAUUCCCAUCUUUGAAGAACAGGUCUUUUGUUACGCCGAGAAGAGUUCUUACAGUUUCAGUAGCAGAUCCAUUGGGACAAGGCGAUAAAGGUUUAUGUACAGGUGCAGAACAACAUCUACCAACAAAAUCAAGAUAUUCCUAUUUUGUGGAAGAAGUUGAUUCCGAAGAUGAAGACAAUGAUACUCAUGAUAAUCAACCUUCACCAAGACCUAAGAAACCAUCAUUAGGUACAAACCCUCGGAAGAAAACAGUUAGAGCCGAGAUUUAUGGUGCAUUUAAUGUCGGUGUUGCCCCAAUUCAAAGAUCGAAUACAACGGCUACUGAAACUGCACCUGUAAGUAGAAGUACGAGUCGUAAAACGGUUAAUUUCGAAAAAUAUCGUAUGGAUACUUCAAAGCUUUUGUCAAAGUCACCAUCCUCUAAAAAGGCAAAGUUGUAUGAAAAUAACAGUAAUAACAGUUCAUCAACAGAAUUUGGUCAAAAUUCUUUGCUAUUUAGAUCUCAACAAUCUCUAUCAGAUGAGAGUGAAGGUUCCAUAGAUGGAUCAAGUGUGAAGCGUAAUAAUUCAUCAGCUACAACAAAAGUUAGUAGUGGUAAAGAUUCUACUACCGCAAGUCCGUUACACAUUUUUAAUACUGCGACCAGUUAUAAAUCAGAUGGCGGUGAUAGUCUACAAAACUCCAAUAAAGAAACUCCAACGAAAGCUACUCUAACGAGGGACACUCCAACUAAGAAUACCCCAACGAAGGAUGGAAAUGGACGUAGUCAUAGUAAGAAGAAAACUUCAUUCCACUUAAAGAAUUUGUUUAGAUCACAAAAGGCUUCAGGAAGAAAAGACUCUUUGAAUUCUAAAAGAAGUACAGAUGAUUUAGCUGAGAUGUCGGCAAUGAAUUCAGCAAAUACUUCCGCUACCACAAGUGUUGGUACAUCGGCUGCUAAUUCUCCACCAAAGGGUACACCCUUUCUUAAUAAUGCAAACAAAUCUCCGUUGUUUCGUAAAUUUGCUUUCCCAACUAAUACUACAGAACCACUUGAAGACAUACCAUCAUCACUGUCCUCAUCAUCCUCCUCAGCAAAACAAGGUUCACGGAUGCAGACUAGAGAUACCCAACAUUACAGAUCUUUAUCAGAUCAUCAUGCUAUUAAUAAAUCAAGUUCAAUCCCAACGAUUACCAAUGCUAACACACAGCCAUUCACACCAGGUUUAAGAAAUAGAAAAUUAUCAUUGGACAGUAGACAUAACGCCGGUCGAGUAUCUCGUUUUGACACCCCCUUAACUAGUGAUAAUAACAAUAACAAUAGCACUAACAAUAAUAAUAAUGAAGAUCGAAUUCAUGAUGCUGCAGGAUCGGCAAUUCAUUCAUCACCUUCGCUUCAUAGUAAGAGAACUAACAUUGCCAAUUUAGGUGAAUCUGCAAGAAAACUUCAUGAUGCUUGUAAUGACGGAAACGCAGAAGCAUGUUUCCUUUAUGGUAUGGCUUUGAGACAUGGAUAUGGUGUGAUUCCAGACCAAGAAGAAUCUUUCCACUACUUGUUUACAGCUACAGGCUUAAAAUCUGAAUUACACGAUGUAUUUGAAGUUGAAAUAAAUCCGUUUGAAUUAGAACGUAAUCAAUCUAUUCCAGAAAUUGCUCCUGAGCCAUCAGCACCUGCCAUUUACGAAUGUGCUAUCUCUUAUCUAAAAGGUUAUGGGAUGGAUCAUGAGGACGAAAUUAAAGGUUUAAAAUUUUUAGAAAAAGUGGCAUCAAUGGGUCAUUUAGAUGCCAUGUGUUUGAGUGGUACCAUUUGGUCAAAGAAAUCUAGCGUAAGGCGGAAGGAUUUGGCAAGAGCAGCUGCAUGGUUUAGAAUUGCAGAGAAAAGGGGUGCUCAUCUAAUUGGAGCAGAAUGGAUCUACAAGGAUAAAUAUAUCCAAAUGGCAAAAAAUUAUUGA